AUGACAGAAUUACCUGCACCCUUGUCCUACUUCCAGAAUGCACAGAUGUCCGAGGAUAACCACCUGAGCAAUACUGUACGUAGCCAGAAUGACAAUAGAGAACAGCAGGACCAUGGGGACAGGCGGAGACUUGGCAACCCUGAGCCAUUAUCUAAUGGACGACCCCAGGGUAACUCUGGGCCUGUGGUGGAGCGAGAUGAGGAAGAAGAUGAGGAGCUGACAUUGAAAUACGGCGCCAAGCAUGUGAUCAUGCUCUUUGUCCCUGUGACUCUCUGCAUGGUGGUGGUUGUGGCUACCAUCAAAUCGGUCAGCUUUUAUACCCGGAAGGAUGGGCAGCUAAUCUAUACCCCAUUCACAGAAGACACCGAGACUGUGGGCCAGAGAGCCCUGCACUCAGUUCUGAAUGCUGCCAUCAUGAUCAGUGUCAUUGUUGUCAUGACUAUCCUCCUGGUGGUUCUAUAUAAAUAUAGGUGCUAUAAGGUCAUCCAUGCCUGGCUGAUCAUAUCAUCUCUAUUGUUGCUGUUCUUUUUUUCCUUCAUUUACUUGGGAGAAGUGUUUAAAACCUAUAAUGUUGCUGUGGACUACAUUACUGUUGCGCUCCUGAUCUGGAAUUUUGGUGUGGUGGGAAUGAUUUCCAUUCACUGGAAAGGUCCACUUCGACUCCAGCAGGCAUAUCUCAUUAUGAUUAGUGCCCUCAUGGCCCUGGUGUUUAUCAAGUACCUCCCUGAAUGGACUGCGUGGCUCAUCUUGGCUGUAAUCUCAGUAUAUGAUUUAGUGGCUGUUUUGUGUCCAAAAGGUCCACUUCGUAUGCUGGUGGAAACAGCUCAGGAAAGAAAUGAAACUCUAUUUCCAGCUCUCAUUUACUCCUCAACAAUGGUGUGGUUGGUGAAUAUGGCAGAAGGAGACCCAGAAGCCCAAAGGAGGGUAUCCAAAAACACUAAGUAUAAUGCACAAGGUACAGAAAGGGAGGCACAAGCUUCUGUUCCAGAGAAUGAUGAUGGCGGCUUCAGUGAAGAGUGGGAAGCCCAAAGGGACAGUCAACUAGGGCCUCAUCGCUCUACAUCUGUGUCACGAGCUGCUGUCCAGGAAAUUUCCAGCAGCAUCCCAGCCAGUGAAGAUCCAGAGGAAGGCUUGUGCCUUACAUUACUACUCCUCGCCAUUUUCAAGAAAGCAUUGCCAGCUCUUCCAAUCUCUAUCACCUUCGGGCUUGUUUUCUACUUUGCCACGGAUUAUCUUGUACAGCCCUUCAUGGACCAAUUAGCAUUCCAUCAAUUUUAUAUCUAGCACAUUUGCAGUUAGAAUCCCAU